UCUCCUCAAAAACUCUCACCUUCUCUCAAUCUUAAAGUCCUUCACUACUUUCCACUCCCUCUCAUCUCUCUUUGAUCUUUUCUUCCACAACAACAAUACAGAAGCAAAACCACACUCAUCAAAUCUCAUAUACUCACCAACACCAUUAAGCUUACUACUCCUUACUACUCCCUCCCAUUGGAGAGGUCCAAAACCAAAGAUCAUGGCAGCUUCUAUAGCAACUUCUGCUUCUAGUACUACAUGGGCUAAACCUUCUUCUUCUUCUUCUUCCUCCUGCUCCUUCUCAGUCAUUGAUCUGAGUUACACUUCCAAGUCCAUGAACUUCAAGAGGCCCAACAAGAGAGCCCCCCUCCACUGCUCUCUACACACUCCUUCAGUUCUUCGUUUCCCAAAGCAAACACCUUCCAUCUACCAACCAACCACCACUGCAACCCCAACUGUCUCCAAACCAAAGCCCAAGCCCAAACCAAAAGAAGCAGAUAGAGCUAGAGACAAGGAAAGAGAUAGAGAUGGAAUAAAAAAAGAGUUAGAUUCCAAUAAUUCUAAAACUAAGCAUCAGCACCAGCAUCAGCAUCAAUGGAAUCUCCUCCAAAGGAUUGCAGCCAUGGCCUUAGAUGCAGUGGAAGGAGCCUUGGUAGCUAGUGAACGCCAAAACCCACUUCCCAAAACAGCAGACCCAGCAGUCCAAAUCGCCGGCAACUUCGCUCCUGUUCCAGAACACCCAGUCCAGCACCACCUCCCAGUCUCCGGCAAAAUCCCCGAUUGCAUUGACGGCGUUUACGUCCGAAACGGUGCAAAUCCUCACUUCGAGCCCCUCGCCGGUCACCACCUCUUUGACGGUGAUGGUAUGAUCCACGCAGUCACCUUGAGUGGCGGCGCCGCUACAUAUGCUUGCCGGUUCACCGAAACACAACGCCUCGUCCAAGAACGUGCACUAGGCCGCCCCGUUUUCCCUAAAGCAAUUGGUGAACUCCAUGGCCACUCCGGCAUCGCUCGCCUUCUUCUUUUCUACACACGUGGUCUCUUUGACCUCGUAGACCACAACCACGGCACCGGAGUGGCCAACGCCGGCCUCGUCUACUUCAACGACCGACUCCUCGCCAUGUCCGAAGACGACCUCCCUUACCACGUCCGCAUCACUCCCUCCGGCGACCUAAAAACCGUCGGCCGGUUUGAUUUCAACGGUCAACUCCAGUCCGCCAUGAUUGCCCACCCAAAGCUGGACCCUGUCUCCGGUGAACUCUUCGCUUUAAGCUACGAUGUCAUUCAAAAGCCAUAUCUCAAGUACUUCCGCUUCUCCCCAAACGGAAUCAAAUCCCCAGACGUCGAAAUCCCACUUGCAGAGCCUACCAUGAUGCACGAUUUCGCCAUUACUGAGAACUUCGUAGUAAUUCCCGACCAACAGGUGGUGUUCAAGCUGCAGGAGAUGUUCUGUGGUGGCUCGCCGGUGGUUUACGAUAAGAAGAAAACCGCCCGGUUUGGAAUCUUGGAUAAGAACGCGGUCGACUCGUCUGGGAUCAGAUGGGUCGAAGUACCGGAUUGCUUCUGUUUCCAUCUCUGGAACGCUUGGGAAGAACCAGAAACUAAUGAGGUUGUGGUGAUUGGCUCAUGCAUGACUCCACCGGAUUCUAUAUUCAAUGAAUGCGACGAAGGGCUUAAGAGCAUUCUCUCCGAGAUCCGGCUCAACCUCAAGACCGGAAAAUCUACUCGCCGGCCCAUCAUCGCCUCUGCCGCCGCCGAGCAAUUGAACCUUGAAGCUGGAAUGGUGAACCGAAAUCGAUUGGGGAGGAAGACCCGAUUCGUCUACCUCGCCAUCGCCGAGCCCUGGCCUAAGGUUUCCGGUAUUGCUCAAGUUGAUCUGUCGACCGGAGAAGUGAAGAAGUUCAUUUAUGGAGAUGGUAAGUACGGUGGAGAGCCCUUUUUUGUGUCAAGAGACCCAAAUUCGGAGAGAGAAGAUGAUGGGUACAUAGUAGCAUUCAUGCAUGAUGAGAAGACGUCCAAGUCAGAGCUUGUGAUCAUAAACGCUAUUAAUAUGGAACUUGAGGCUUCAGUUAAGUUACCUUCCAGGGUACCCUACGGUUUCCAUGGUACGUUUAUCAAUUCAAAAGAUUUGCAGAAGCAAGCCUAGCCCAUUUGGCUAGUUGGUCAUCAUGAUGAUGAUGAUGAUGAUGAGGGAGGGGUCAAUGAUGGGUUGUGGUUGUGGUUGUGGUUGUGGUGGUAGAGGAGACAUUACCAGAGGGAUGCCAUAGAGAUACUCCCCGGAGUCUCACUCUCACAGCUAUUUUCCACUUUUACACAACCGUCCACUGUUAGUUAAGUUAGUUAAUUAGUUAGUUAGGUUCUUUUGUUUUUGGGUGGUGGAGGUUUUUGAGGAAUCAGCUUGUAGCUUAGGGACUGUAGUUCUCCUAUUCGAGCUCAGCUGGUUUCUGUGUAUUCUUUUAACUUUUCUCCUGUGCUUUCUCUUUCUCUCUCUUGUUUUUAGAAACAGAUUCUACUGUAUUUCACUUUCAGUGCUUCUGCAGUUCUGCUCUUGUAAAUACUGAAAAUAAAUAGAAUGGAACUUUUCUCAUA